UUAGACGGUCACAGGUCAUUUUAUAAACACACAACACAGACUACAGAGGAUUGACACCGGUGCGCCCUGGCCCCUUACCUCUAUCCUUAUCAUCCUAUCCUGGGUUAAGACUUGAUCAGACUUCGUCCAAGUCUAAGUCAAGAGGCCGAAUCUGAAUUAAGAAAGCUUAGAUUGAUUAGAUAGACUGCAGUUUUGAAUCCACUCAUCAUGAAUCAAGAGGUGUUAGAUUUAUGCUGCAAGCUGGUUCCGGAAAAUUAUGUCUUACAAGGUGCCCAAGCAAGGAAUACUCAUGAACACAAAAUCAAACAUUUGUUGCAACAUAGAAAAAUUCCAGAGGAUGGCUGGGACGAUCAGACGAUAGAGCUGUUUCUCCAAGAACUGGCGGUGAUGGAUAGCAACAACUUCCCCGGCAACUGCGGUGUUGGUGAAAGAGAGGCUCGGAUUGCUUCACAGUUGGUGGCAAAGAGACAUUACAGACUGGGCCAUGGCAUUGGACGUUCAGGUGAUAUAACUGCUGUGCAGCCCAAAGCAGCUGGCUCCAGUGUUCUCAUGAAACUUACCAACAGCUUGGUUUUGGAUGCCAUUAAAUUGAGUGGCAUCCAGUCAACCAGCUCGUGUUUUGUGGUUCCCAUGGCAACAGGAAUGGCCCUUGUUUUGUGUAUGCUAACAUUAAAGCAAAGGAGACCUAAGGCCAAGUAUGUUUUGUGGCCUCGGAUUGAUCAGAAGUCUUGCUUUAAGUCGAUCGUAACGGCUGGAUUUGAGCCUGUGAUUAUAGAGAACUGCCUUGAGGGAGAUGAACUGAGAACAGAUGUAGCAACCAUCAAACAAAAGAUCGAAGAUCUCGGGGCCGACAAUGUUUUGUGUGUUAUGACCACAACCAGCUGCUUCACCCCAAGAGUGCCCGACAGAUUGGAAGAGGUAGGAAAACUGUGCAAACAACAGGAGGUUCCUCAUGUCAUCAAUAAUGCUUACGGAGUACAGUCGUCUAAGUGCACACAUUUGAUUCAACAAGCUGCUCGGGUCGGGAGGGUCGAUGCUUUUGUUCAAAGCACAGACAAAAACUUCAUGGUUCCUGUUGGUGGAGCUAUUAUUGCUGGUUUUGACAAGAAGUUUAUUGAGGAAAUUGGAAAGUCGUAUCCAGGUAGAGCAUCGGCAACGCCAUCUCUAGACCUGCUCAUCACUCUGCUGUCCUUGGGGUCAAGUGGAUACAAGAAACUGCUCGAUGAACGCAAGCAAAUGUUCUCAUAUUUGUCGUCAUCGCUGUCAGAAUGUGCAGCUAGACAUGGUGAACGUACUUUACAAACAAAGAACAACCCAAUCUCAUUAGGAAUCACCUUAAGUCUUGAAGACGACCCCACAGGAGUGAAGGCCACACAGAUUGGUUCCAUGCUCUUCACAAGAUUUGUCUCUGGGACGCGAGUUGUUGCACCUGGUAAAGACAAUCGAGUGAGUGGAUACCAUUUCAAGAACUUUGGCGCCCACUACGACAACUACCCGUGUGCUUACCUCACUGCUGCAGGGGCCAUUGGAAUGACUAAAUCAGACGUGGACUUGUUCAUCACACGCUUGGAUAAAGUCUUAUCUAAGUAUAAGACCACACCCUCCGAAGAAGUACCCGCUGGAACUGAAGAAAAAGAUCCUUAAAAAAUCUAGCAGCUUUAUCUGAUUCAAUUUAGUGCCAUCAUACAGUAUUUGCCACAGACCAUUCUUGUCCACUAUCAGAUACCAUUUCAGGUCCACAAAAACCCAUGUUCAUUUUUUCGAUUUUGACUUCUUUUUAACAGACUUGCCUGAGAACAAAGAUAGCAUCUGUGCAUCACCUGCCUUUGCUAAUCCAAACUACGCAUUUGUGCAUCCCUUGCCUUUGCCAGUCCAAACUAAGCUUGACUUUUGUUCUUCAGUGCUCUUACCUUCUGUUCAAGCUUUGUGGUAUAUUACUGUUUCUCUUGUAUGGCUCAGAAGUGGAAAAUGAAAUAGUUCUUUUGGUUUAGGUUUUCCUUCCUUUUGUUUCUUGCUGGUGCUGGCAGAACCUUCUGUAUCUCCAUACUUCAUUCUUUGUACAGCUCGACUUGUCUGUGACCCUUUGAGAAACUUAUACUGCUCAGCACUCUGAUACGGGACAUAUAACUUUUUUACCUCUUUUUUAUCUUUUCCGAUCAAAGUUUUAUUUAUACAGUUGACUAACUGUAGAUAGUUGAAUGAGCUUUUCUUGUAAGUAUAAUAGAUGCAUUCUUAUAACAAAAGAAUGCAUUGCUGUUGUGAUUGAGCCAGGCUUCAGUUUUCACCUCGUGGUGUCUGAUCUAAGUGUGUGCUCUCAGUCUCUGUGUCUGCUGUUGGGGGAAUGAGAGCUGCUCUGCUGUCGUUAACAGUGGAACAUAUCUUGGUUCACUUGUCAUGUCUGUUUGUCAACGUUACGGGUAAUCACUUAAGGCAAAAGGACAAACCAGGGAAUCUAUGAUCAAGUUCUGUUGAGGAAACAGAGCUGUGUUUGUUGAUCUACUCUCUUUUUAGCAAUGUAGCAACAGGGUGGGGAGGAAGUGAGCUGUAUUUUUUAACAUGUGUUUUCCAUUUCUGAUGCUAAUGGCUGAUACACUUGUACUGAUGUACCUUAAAAUCUUAAAAUGUUUUGUCGUGAAAUGAAGGCAACCAGAAUGAAGUCACAUACCUGAGAUUUUCAAAGAUUGUCUGUCGUUUCUCUGAUGUUGUUAAAAUUACAAACUGGAAGGUGGGGUUACUGUGAGCAGGUUUUUACCUUUCAAAUUGAUAGGCCCUACUUAACUAUUCGGAAACUAAAGCAAAGCAAGGAUUUACACUUGGUACUCAAAUAUACUUUUGAAAAAAAUGGAACCCAGUUCUCCUAAGCUUUAUUGGUGUCAAAGUUAAGAUUUCUUGUGUGGCCUUUUGGCUACCUAUUUGAGUUUCAUCUUAUUUGAUAAAUGUGUAUGAAUAUGAAGGAAUCAUUUAGUUCUGCCUAAAAAAAGAAAAGUUUUAUUUCAUUUUGUUGAAACUAAAAUUUGUAGAGAUAUAAAUUUAUGUUUUUAUUUGUUGGUUUGUCUCAGCUUUGGUAUCUGACUUUAGUUAUAACUUUUUUCUGAAACUGAAAUGGAAGAUAACUCUUUUAUUGUGGCGUCGGUGGCCUAGUGGUUAGGCUACCGGACUUGUAAUCGUGAGGUUGCGGGUUCGGGGGUU